CUUCUUAGUUAAUGUUAGUGUGAUAAAAACAAUGAUAAUCGGUACUAAUGAAGUUAUAACUGUGUUUUUCACAGGUACAGUAUGUCUAUGGUAGUGCGUUUGGUUAGAGGAGAGUGGAGAAAAGACGAUGAAGGCUGUUACGAACAUGUCUCGGCUUUGGAGGGAUUUACGAUGGCAGUAUGGCUGAGGGAGACAGAUGGAUACAAUAAGGUUGUUAACGCGGUAAAGGAAAGAUUGGCGCUACGCGAGACUGACGAUAUCGAGCUAAGUUAUCAGUGGCCUCAGUGGAUGAUGGGCCCUGACUGGAAAAGAGCAAACCCCAUCCACAUCCUAGAUGAUGAAGAUAUGACCCUGGUCAUGGUGAUAAGAGCUGAUCUUGAAGAGGUGCAUCUGCGAGUUAAGGUGAUAAGGGGAGGGCUGGAGAAGAAUGUUAAUUCAUACAAGAGCCAUUUAGAUUUGGGAGGACUGACAUCAGAGCAGAUAUCGGAUAAGUACGCGGAAACUAGGCAGUCCUAUAACACAGAGAAACGAAAGGCAACAGCCAGUGAGAAAGGCAAAGGACAUGUUACCGAGGCAACAGUGUUUCAAAAUGCUCACGCUAAUGGAUUAUCAGACGAAAGCCUACGACUGACACUUUCUGGUGCAUCCAUGGCAACAUCCCAACAAACAAUCUUAACUUUGUCGUCAUCAAACUCUUCAUUCGGCACACCAACGACACAGUCAACCAGUAUUUCAUUCUCAACCGAGGAGCUAAUGGAUGGAGAGAUUAAAAACACAUCGCCUACCGGAGUAAUAGGUCCAAACACAAUGGAGGACUAUUACACAGACGCGGAUGGACCAUUGUGUUUGACUCCAAGAGUUCCCUUAGAAGUGGGGAAAAUACUAGGUACGCCGGUAAUGGAAAAGGGAUCUGGUUCAUCUCAAGGGAAGGAGGUUCCAGAGGGAGACAGACAAAUGGUGGUAAGGGAGACGCCAUUCCCAACAGUGUUGUAUGAUCGGGAUGCACCUCCAUAUUUCGAUGACCCGGGUGAAGAAGAUUAUCUCCAACGAUCACUUAAAGAUGCUGAUUACGAAGGGGAUGACAUUUUCGUGGGAAGGUUGUUCAAAAACAAAGAUGACUGCUGCACAAAACUAGCAAUUCAUGCUAUACGACGAAAGUUUCAUUUCAUACAUGCAAAAUCGUGUCCAACCAUGGUGAUAGCGGUUUGCGUCGGGACCACAAGCCCGUGGCGGGUUUAUACAACAAAAUUAGAAGAUAGUGAGCGGUUUGAAGUGAGGACGGCAACACUGCAGCACACCUGCAGCGUGGACGCCAGAGGCGAUUUCCACAAGCAAGCAUCAAAAGUAGUUAUAGGGAAGCUGAUGAGGACACGGUAUGUUGGCGUUGGAAAAGGACCUAGGCCUAAUGAGUUGCAGAGAAUGCUAAGGCAAGAAUUCAGUCUCAAUGUGUAUCCAAUGGCGUCACACGCGGCUUGUGUGGUUCAUUUGAAAAGAAACAUUAUCGCAAUCUUCAAAAACGAAGCCCUGGGAAGUUUAGUGUCGAGCGCAGCCAGAGCCUACCGCCUAUGUGAUUUCAACAAAAUCUUUGCGGAGAUACGAGCAAUGAACGGGCCAUGUGCUGACUACCUAACCGGAAUUGGGUUUGAGCAUUGGACACGAUCUCAUUUUGUUGGGAAAAGAUAUAACGUGAUGACCAGCAACAUCGCAGAAUCUUUAAACAAUGUGUUGACAAUGGCAAGAGACUAUCCAGUGAUCUCGAUCCUCGAAUCUUGGAGAACAACUUUGGUGGCGUGGUUUGCUCUACGGCGGGAAGCAGCUCAGAUGGAAGACAACAUAUUACCUCCAAAGGUAAAUGAAAUGGUCAUAGAGAACUUUGAAAAAGGGGCAGGUUAUGGAGUGUUUAAAAUAGGGGAUGGGCUAUAUGAGGUGAGAGAUAUGGUGGAUUGCGGGUACGCCGUAAAUCUGUGGGAAAGAACAUGCACCUGCAGACAGUUUCAGCUCCUGACUAUACCAUGUUCCCAUGCAAUAGCUGCCGCAAUCAGAGAAGGGAUAAGAGUUGACACCAUGGUUGGAGUACAGCACACAGUUCCACAACUACGGUUAGCAUACAAAGAAAUGAUUAUGCCCAUCCCAGAUAUGGCUACACUAGCCCCAUCACCAAAUGAUGUCGGAGGAGGGAAGCUAGCACCACCAUAUCUUAAAAGGCCACCAGGGCGGCCAAGAAAAAGAAGGCUAUUUUCUCAGGGACGUCGGGUAAGCGCUGCACACGCUGCCGUUCAGUGGGCCACAAUCGAGCAACAUGCAGGGGACCAAUGACGGUAACGAUUCUAAAAUAUACCCUAUUUAAAAAC